AUGGAGCAGGAAGAGAGUCUGGAGGAGUUCCUGGGCAGACUACGGACGCAAAUCCUGCGCUGCGGCUACGAGCCGGCGCAGGUGGACCGUGAGUUGAGAGACCGAUGCGUCCUGGGCAGCCGAGGUGAGCUACAGAGGAAGCUGGUCCGGGAGGCGGCGCUAAAGGGUGACGACCUCUCUCUGGAGGACGUCCGGCGGACGGCACGGGCGCACAGGGACGUGAUGGAUCUGACGACGCGGCUGUCAGGGGCGCCGGCGCCGGCCGAGACGGACGGGGAGGCAGUUCACCUGGUGCGACGCCCGCAGCGGACGGAGAGGCGUGACUGCGGCAAACAGCGAACUGGCGUGAAGCUGGUUCAGGACGGCGACCAGGCUGACUGGCAAGUCAGCGCCGUGCAGCCAGCCGCAGCUGAGUGGGCGACGGUCAGGGUGAACGGCCAGGAGUUCACCAUGCUGAUCGACACUGGCUCACCGGUGACUAUAAUCAGCGCGGAGACUCACAUCCCCGGUCUGACGCUGCGGCCGAGUGAGCUGCACCUCACGUCAUUCACCGGCCAGCAAAUCCGUCUGCGAGGCGAGGCCGACGUCAACGUGGAGACGGACGGCCGAGCGACACGGCUGCGACUCGUCGUGUCCGACAUGGGCUCUCACCGACCUCUCAUGGGACGAGAGUGGAUCAAGGCGCUGAGGACGGCGUCGGGUCUGGAGACGCUGAACGUGUGCCCGGUGGCGACUCAGCCGACGCUGAAGGAGGUGAUGGACAAACACCGUGAGGUGUUCAAAGAAGAACUGGGCAGAAUCCCGGUGAAGGUGGCGCUCAGACUGAAGGAAGGCGCCAAACCGGUCUAUCGACGCGCCAGACCAGUGCCGUUUGCGCUACAGCAAGAUAUCGAGCGGGAGCUCGACAAGUGGCUGGAUCAAGGGAUCGCCGAGAAGGUGCCUCCUGGACACUUCUCCGGAUGGGGUACGCCGCUCGUACCCAUCCCCAAGAAGGACGGCGUGCGGCUGUGCGCGGACUAUCGGAUCACGGUGAACCCGCAGCUGCAGCCUCUGAAGUAUCCGAUGCGCACGCCGGAGGAGCUAUUCGCCAGCAUCCGAGGGAAAAAGUUCUGCAAGCUGGACUGCAGGAACGCCUAUCUCCAGUGUGAGCUGGACGAAGAGAGCCGAGAGAUGACCACCGUGACCACACACCGUGGUGCGAUGCGGAUGAACCGUCUCCCGUACGGGAUCAGCACCUGUGGAGCGCAGUUCCAGGCGAUCAUGGACCAGGUGCUGGAUGGUCUUCCAGGAGUCGUCUGUUACCUGGACGACGUGCUGAUCGGCGCCGACAGUGACCGUGAGCUGAUGGACAGGCUGGACCGGGUGCUGGAGCGGCUGAAGGACAACGGCGUCCGCCUCAAGAAAGAGAAGUGCCAGUUCGGAGUCCGAGAAGUGGUGUAUCUCGGUUGGCGACUGUCUGAGGCGGGUCUGAGCCCGGUGCAAGAGAAGACGGCGGCCGUCACAGCAGCACCUGACCCUCGGAACGUGCAGGAGCUGCGAUCUCUGAUCGGGUCAGUCAGCUAUUAUCAGCGGCUGCUGCCCAACCUGUCUACCGUGCUAGCGCCGCUCUACGCGCUACUGAAGACGGGCGUCAAAUGGGCAUGGACGGCGGAGUGCGCCGCGGCAGUGCGCCGUGUGAAGGACAUGCUGUCCACGGCGCCGGUCCUGAUGCGGUACGACCCCGUGCUGCCGCUGCGGCUCGUCACGGACGCCAGUGCGACAGGAGUCGGAGCGGCUCUGAUGCAAGUGACGCCCGAGGGGCUCGAGAGGCCGGUACAGUACGCCUCCCGAACGCUCACUCCAACGGAGAGGAAGUACGCCCAGGUGGAGAGGGAAGCCGCAGCCGUCUCGUUCGGAGUGCGGCGGUUCCACCAGUUCCUGUUUGGUCGGCCGUUCACCCUGGUGGUCGACAACAGGACGCUCUCCAGGAUCCUGAACCCGGACCGUGAGCUGCCCUCUCUGGCGGCGGCUCGCAUGCAAAGGUAUGCGCUGCAGCUCGCGGCGUACCAGUACAAGAUCGAGCUGCGCCGGACGGAGGACAUGAGGCUGGCGGACACGAUGUCCCGUCUGUCGGUGCCGGACGAGGCGGAGAACCGGCUGUCGGCAGAAGAGGAGGCGGCGUACGGCGGAGGCGGCGUAAUGUUCAUCGCCGAACAGGGGCCGUGUCUGACCGCGCAGCAGAUAGCAGUGGCCACGCGCCGAGACCCGGUGCUCGCCCGCGCUCUGGCGGCGGUGCGAUCGGGCUGGCCGGCGGUGGUGGACCCGGACCUGGCUCCCUUCAAGAAUCGCCGAGAGGAGCUGACGACCGAGGCCGACUGUCUGCUCUGGGGCGGCCGAGUCGUCAUCCCGACCAACCUGCGCGACACCGUCAAGCGGGAGCUGCAUGAGGGUCACUUCGGCUGCACUCGCAUGAAGCAGCUGGCGAGGCGCUUUGUGUGGUGGCCGGGACUCGAUGCUGAGCUGGAGGCGCUGGCUCGCGGGUGUCAGGCGUGCGUCUCAAAGCGAGCUGAGCCGCCGCAGGCGACACGGCACCCGUGGGAGCCGACGGACGGCCCGUGGCAGCGGGUGCAUGCCGAUUUUGCCGGACCUCUGAAGGGCACCUGGUUCCUGGUGAUGGUGGAUAGUUUCUCCAAAGUGACGCCCCACGCCGCGACCGGACGGACUCCCGCUGAGAUGCUGUUCGGGCGGAACCUCCGCACUCGUAUGAACCUCAUGGUUCCGAGCGCCGAGACAGCUCUGCAGGCGGCUCGGGACCGGCAGCCUGUUGGCGGCGGCGGCUGA